GCUCCUAUUUAUUUCAAGUUGUUUAAUGACCCGAAAGCUUAAAAAAAUGCAAAACAAAUCGACGUGGCUGGAGUGACGAAAUUUAUUAUAGUUCGAUUUUCCAUUUGCAGACGUUUGACAAGCAGAAUUUUGAUAAAAUGUCAGAUUCAGAUGAUGAUGCUGCUUUUGCAAGUGCUGACGAAGGAGAAGAAACAAAGCAAAGUUCACCAAAGGGAGAUGAAUCUACUAAGCCUGAUACUGAUAAAGCAACAAAGUCUGUAGGAAAGGGAGAUAACCAGAAACAAGCUCCAAAAAGUAACCCUAAAAGUGAAAAGGAGGCUACUGACAAAACAAAAAAUCCUGAAGUAUCACAACAGAAAGGAGCAACUGGGAAAGGAAAGAAAAAGGGAAAGCAGGCAAAGAAAAAUAAUAAGAGUACUGAAAAACAUGAAACAAAAGAAACUGAAAGUAAAAAGCCUGAGAGUGAAGUAGCAGUAAAAGAGGAAGAAAAGCCAGAAAGCAAAAAAACUGACAUAGAUAACCAGGAAGAGAAAACACCAGAUACAACGCCAGUUGAAGAAAAGAAAGAACCGGAAAAUAAUAAAGAGCUGUCAACAGACAGCACAAAUGUUUCUGAAAAAACAGAAAGCAUUGUUAAGUCACCUUCUGGGCAGAACAUACAGAGGGAAGGAUCUGGAGAAGGUUCAGAAAAGCCGGACAUUAAAUCUGUUCUGGAUCAACUAGCAGAUGAUGAUGAUGAUGAAAAAGAAGAGGAAGAAGAAGAUCAAAAGUCUAGUAGUUGGAAUAUUGGAGGAUGGGGUUCUAGUAUCAUGAAUGUAGCACAGACAUCAGUCUCAACAUUUACAAAUCAAGUUGGAGAAGGAUUCAGUACAAUAAUGGAUACAAUGGAGAAUACAUUGGGUGCUAUACCACCUGAACAACUGGCUUACAUGAAAACUGAUAAAAAAGAAGACGAAGCCUUGGACUCUCAUGAUGUGGCUCAUACCAUGAAGCCUGCUGAAUCAGCUUCAAAGGAAAUUACAGAGCAGCCAAAACAUGUAGAACCAGGUGAAGAAAAGAAAGCAGAAGAAGGAAGUGAUGACAAAAAGACAGAGAAAGCUGAAGAGGCUAAAAAGGAUACAGCUUCAGGAGGGGGAGGAGGAUGGUUCUCUUCAUGGGGAAUGUCAAGUCUGAAGGAUGCUGUGGCCAAGACCUCUAAUAUUGUACAGAGUACAAGUAAAAAUCUAGUGACAGGAAGCAUGGAUGUUUUAGAAACAGUUGGCAAGAAGGCAUUUGAUUUUAUUGAGGAUCAUGACCCAGGAAUACACAGAUCUAAAGUAUUACUUGAAAGGGGAGAUAAACCAAACCUGUCUUCUGUUUUAAAAGAAGCAAAAGAGGAGUCAGAAUAUAAACAGGAAAUGGAGAAAGAGUCAGAGGAGGCUAGAAAGUCUCAUUUUGGGUAUUUGUUUGAUGAAUUUCAAGGAAUUUCUCACUUAGAAGCUCUAGAAAUAUUAUCCAACCAGUGUGAGAAAAAAGUCCAGAUAUUGUUAACAUCACUGCCUGCAGAAACACUGUCCUCCAUCAAAUCACAACUCAUUCAAAUAAAACAGAUCUUUGAACACGAAAACGAUGAUGACGAAGAUGACGAAGAGCAGGAACAUGAAUUUAUCAAAGUGAUGACAGAAUUACUGACUGAUCUCCAUCUGGGGACAACACCUAAUAAAAUUAAUAAGGUUCAAGAAAAUAUAAGAAAAGAAAUUACAGAUUUUUAUGAAAAACAGGAGAAAGGUGAAAAAGUAGAACCAAAAUUAAUGCACCAGAAAGCUAUCCAAUCAUUAGCACAGCUAACAUCAAAAGCCAUGGAACAGUUCCAUAAAGCAGGGGAACUCAUUCUUAUCCAGAAAGACUCAGAUAAAAACUUCAUAGAAAGAGCCAAAUGUUUACUUAGUAUCAACAAACUGCUGAGCACAGAAGUGUCUAUCUUGUCUACAAAAUUCUCACACUGCCUUAACAAACUAGGGGAAGAUAUGGAAAAUGAUAUUAGUAUUAACCAAAUGGUCACAAACGUUUAUUUAGAGGCAACAAACAGCAGCACAUAUAUCCAUGAUGGCUUCCAACUCUUGUUGCCUUGUUUACAACAGGCAGCUAUUGAAAAUACUCCAGGAAUUGCAGAAUGAAGGACAACACUUCCUUAAAUCUAAAAAUAUCCAAGGGAAAUUCCAGAAGCUUCAGCAUUUUGGAUUUGACUCAUGUGCAAUAUGAUUUAAAAUCAUGGAAUCCCGCAGUUCAAGGAAAAGAUCUCAGAAUAAAAAAAAUUGCUGUGUUGUAAAAAAUAUCUGUGAUAAUGACCAAAAUAAGGCAAUAAAAUGACAAUAGAUAGGAGAAAAUAUAAAUGAAGAAAACAUUGUAGUAAUUAUUUAUUUUCAGUAGAGCCCUACUAUUAUAUUAGAUAUUAUUCAAUUAAUAAUACUGUCUCUAUUAUGUAAAGGCAAUUCUGUUAAAGUUACAUGCUGUAAAACAUAUUUUUAUGAUGGCAGGACUAGAAAUUUGUUUAAUUUUUGAUAUUUUCUAC